CCCCCCCUUUCUUUCUCACACACACAGAGUCGUAGUAUUCAGACAUUGAGACAAAUUUUUGGUUGUUUUAUGCAGAUUUUGGCCCACAUUGUUGUGUGAACCCUGAUUGAAGGUUUGACAUAAGCUACUUUGGUCGAGUUGGGGAGUCAUGGCGUGUAGUUCAAAUAGUGGUACUCCAAGUCCUUUGAGGAUACGACUUUGCGACCACGGCAAGGAAGCGGUAGUGCACACCUCCUGGACCGAUAAAAAUUCGGGUAGGAGGUUCUUUUGCUGCCCUUUCUGGGUUCCUGGUGCACCAAAGAGGAAUGGUCCACAUUGCAACUACUUCGAAUGGUUGGAUGGUGAGAUAGGUGAGCAAGAGAAAGUGGCUCGCCGAUCUGAAAGCAACACAAGAUCACUCCAUAAGUGUAUUGAGGAAUAUGAGAGAAUGAUGGGGGAAUAUGAGAGCAAGAUGGUGGAAAGAGAAUUUAAGUGUAAGGAACAAGAGGACAAAUGCAAGGAGUAUGAGAGAAAGAUGAAAGAAAUCGAGAAAAAGAUUAAUGAUUUGGAGGUGAAGGUGUGGAAAAGCACCGAAAUGAUGUGGGGGGCAUGGGUUGCAUGUUCCAUUUUGGUUGUCAUCAUUUUUGCUAUCAUCUCAACUGGACGUGGGUUUGAGAAAAAGUAUUUGGGAAGGCCUCGUUGAAUGAAGGGUCGUAUGCUUUGGUUUUUGAAGUUUAGAAAGCGGGACUACUAGGUGGUUCCUUUUUGUAAGAAGAACAUGUUAUGAAAACUGACUGUGGAGACAGUUAAGAUGGUUCUUAUAUGUAAUAUGUGAAUAAAAUAUUAAGUAUUGAAUUUAUGUAUAUUAU